AUGUCCUUAUUAUUUCACAUUCGUUGUAUAUUAUUAUUCUUUAUCUUUAUUCAAUUUGCUUCUCUUUAUGAAACUUAUGCAUAUGAUAUUAAUCAUCCAAAUUUAAUUAAGUCAUCUUUCAAUCAUGAAUUAAAUCCAUCGAUAGAAAAUAAUAAUGAUGAUAUACUUACAAUAAAUGAUGACAACAACGACGACGACGACUGGAAUUUAAACUCUAAACGAUCAAUGACAUUGCAAGCUGUACCACAACGUCGCAAUUCUCGACCACAUUGGAAUCCAUUAGUUGCAGCUUAUAAGCGUUGUAGAGAAUUAGUAUCACGUGUAGAAAGUGAAGCAUGUUUCAAAGAAGCUGUUCAAAUGCUCUUUGUACAUAAACUAAGAAAAUAA